AAAACUGCUUGCCAGUAGGCCAAAAAAAGAGCACUUGAAAGAAUUUUUCUCCAGUACAAAAACCCCUCAGCCCCCUCCAUGGUCUAAUGUACCAUUCCCUCUUUCAUAAUUCUUAAAAAAAGAAAAAAAGCAUUAGCAAGAAGUACAGUAGAUUUACUUGCAGUAGCUAACAAUGGCCCGACCGCAGCAGCGAUAUCGAGGUGUUCGACAGAGGCAUUGGGGCUCGUGGGUCUCUGAAAUUCGUCAUCCUUUACUAAAGACUAGAAUUUGGUUAGGCACAUUCGAGACAGCAGACGAUGCAGCAAGAGCCUAUGAUGAGGCAGCUAGAUUAAUGUGUGGUCCAAGGGCUAGAACUAAUUUCCCUUACAAUCCCAAUUACUCGAAUAACUCUUCGUCUCAGCUUCUUUCGGCCACAUUGACAGCAAAAUUGCACAAGUGCUACAUGGCUUCUCUUCAAAUGGCUGCUAAACAAUCGAUCCAAGAACAUCGUACUCCUCAAAUAAUUCCUUCGCGAAAUGCAGCAAUUCCGAGUGAUGCCAGUGCCAUUACAGUAGAGAAUGCUCCUAAUUAUGAAACCAGUUUUUGGUCAGCAGAUUAUGAGAAGAAACCAAUGGUGCAAGUGCAAGAAAUUAAGCCACUUGAAGAAGACCAUAUAGAGCAAAUGAUUGAAGAACUUCUUGAUUAUGGGUCCAUUGAGUUCUGCUCAUCUCAUCAGCCAAUGUGAACUAGCUACUAGCUUAUUUCGACAGCAUCAAUCUUGUUAUGGCUGAAAAAAAAGCCAUUUUUUGGCUCUUAAGUUAAGCCAAACGUGCUCGUUAAUUUAACCCAUUUAUCUAAACCUUAGUUAUCUCUAGAAGCUCUUCAACUAUAUUAGGACUUCACUUGCAUUGGAUGAAGAUUAUGUACAUUGUACCGUGUUAUAAAUUUUUGCUAUUGCCUGAGUUGACGUAGAAAUAGUAUUUGCUAUUUCA